AUGUCGUUUCUGAACCUCCUUCAACUUUUCCAGAGACGAAAAGUAGGAACAACCUGUUUUGUCACCAGCGGUGUACAAAGUGAACUUCUAAAGGGACAUACCCUGGCAAGAACCUGGCCGCUUGCACAGUCGGAUCUUGAACUCUUCUUGUCUAGCAAUGGGUUGGUAUAUUCCAAGGAGUUAGCUCGGCAUAACACUUGCGCGGUACCGUCAUGCUUUCGACGCCGAAGUCGAUGGUUAAGGGUGAUUCAUACAGCCGCAACUGACUACAGAGUCAAGUUUGAGGUCCGUGGAUUAGUCGCCGAAAGCGGUCCACGGCGAUGA